UUGACCAACUGUAGACGAUCACAUCGAACUUGUAUCAAACUACACCGUCCAACAACAAACAAACAAAAAAAACCCAUACAAACACGAUGUUGGUCAAAAGACUUUCUAUUCGUGAGAGAGAAAGCUCUAUGUAGGAGACAAGAAACAUCAUUCAUGCAAACUCGAACACAUAUCCCUUGUUCCGCAUAGAUGGUGCAUGCUACUAAAGGGAGGUCAUAUAAAGUGGACAGGCGCACGUAGGGAUUCGAACAUGAAAUCUCCAAAUUAUAACUAGUGAGGAUACCCUAAAGCCUAAACCAAAUCACUCUCCGCACAACCCCCGAAUAGGUUUAUGGGCAAGAAAGUGGAAACCAAAAUUUUCUACUUCCUCGGGGUUUCGUGGAGGAGAAGAAAAUGGAUUCUGUGUUUUAACGGUUGGUUAGGGUUUCAGACUUGCAGAGAGAUCAAGUCGGCUGCCUGUACAAGAGUGAAUCAGCUGGGAUUGUGGGGUACAGUGAAUCCUAGCUUAUCAAGCAAGCUGUGGGCCCUUGUCGGCCCAUCUCAACCGUCGAUCAAUCAAGAAGCCACUGUUCAUGAUUCAAUCAACCAUGGAUUUGAGACCCAAUCAUCCGCGGCCGCAGCUGAUCAUGAAAUAUGAUGAUGUUAGCUUUUUAACGGGCCUUGGAAACCGGGCCCCAGGUGGCAAAAUCUCUCCUGGACCCUACACUUUGACCUGUUGACUCGACUUGCUUGAACCCUAAUCUCUCUUUCCCGUGCCGUGUGACGGUUUACUAUAAAUUACCCAGGAUUGGCGGAUUAGUGGAUGACUAACAAACCCAGUCCCUUAAGCUAUAGAUUUUAACUAGCUUGUAACCCGACCCGUUGGUCGGAGGAGCUGAGCCGAAUAUUGAAUUAUUGGGAUAACCCGUAGAUUCAACCAUUAAGCUAAAUUGGUCUAAUGGUGAGUACCGCCUAGCAUAUCCCUAAUAAUCAUACCAAAGUGAAUAUAUUGGAACAUAAACAGUACAUCAAAAGUUGGUACAACCAUGAAGUUAGACCAUUAAAAACAUACCAAUGAAAUUGAAUAGCAUCGAAAAACUUCAACUUCAUUAUAUAAUUACAUGAGAUCAGAAAGAGAACACCAUUAAUUUGAUUUAUAAAACUUUCAUCUUGUCGUCAUUGUGCUUUCUGGUUUUUGUCAGGCUAUGAUAAAAUCUAAGGAAAUCAAGAACGAACAACACGAUUUGGGAUAGGAACCGCCGUUGUCGUAUUCCUAGAGAAUGGUGGUAAACACGGACUCACCUGCCAAACUGGUUUGGAUUGAGAUUUUUAUCGGGUAUCAGGGAACCAUGUGAUUAUAAAUUAGACUUGAUCAAAACGGGCUAAAACUUAAAAUUCAGCCUGUUCGACCGACCCAUGCAAAAUUCUAAUUAUUCGUUACUUUUAAACUUUCUAUUUGAAAAUAAAAAAUAGUGAAAGAAAAUAGAUGACUGCAAUUCGCCAUUUGCACAUCACUUAUUCGGGAAUAAAACCAUAGAAAUUCAAAAGAAACUGAAAAUGUUUAGGAUCGUUUUAAUGUUUAAAAUAACCAAAUAGAUCUUUCUGUUUAGUUUUUUACUAACAAAUACCAAACGAUUCCCUAUAAAAUACACUAUAAUUUUAUCAUUAUGAUAUCAAAUAAUUAUAUAAUAUAUAUUUGAAAUGAUAAAAAUUGGACUAAUUGGGUUGGUCGAGAUUGAACCAUUGAAUAACUUUAAACUACAUUAUAUUUUAGCCACUAAAAUAUAAAAUAAUAUAAUAAUAUAUAUUAUGCUAGAGAAAAUAGCUUGUUUUAAAAUGUCAAACCAAUGAUGUUCAUUUGUUUUACUUGAUGGCCAAAUCCGGUGUAGGUCAGGCCCAUUCAACUCUUUUAUUUUAUGGUUAGUGGUUAGCCCUUUAGAUACCAUGCAUUAGUUUAUUGUUAAUUUUUUUUUAUUUUUAGCAUAAAAAGAAGUAUUUUUUUUGCCUUUUCAUAUAUAUUUUAUCACCACGGAGAAAUACAAGGGGUUAAAGAAAAAAAUUGACACUCCUGAACCCGUUUAAAUCCGCAUGUGUACGGUAAGUUGGCCCGUUCCACAGAGGAAAGAGAAAAAAAUUAACACUACCGAUUCUACCCUUCCUACAAACGCUCAUGGAGCAGGGAAUUUGAAAUGGGGGAAGGGGUUUUUCCUCCCUGCUAUUAUAUGUUUUUGAUUUAAAAGGAUGCAACAAAUGUACUUAGUGUGAUUGGUUAUGUUCCUUGCUUUUCUUUAAAAUGGACAUGGUUCGAAUCCCAGUACGUGUCUUUUUAAUGAAUAAAAAAAAUAAUUGUGAAGACCAAAAUGUCCUUCCUACUUUCACUCUCGUUGCAGGAAAUUUGAAAUGGGGCUCCCGUUUUUCCCUCCGGUGUAUUAUAUUAUGUGUAGACAAAUUAAAUUCGUCACCGAGUUGAGUUGGGAAUAACCUUUAUACAACUGCUGCUCUAUUUGCAUGGUUCAUGAAAUCGUAUCGUACCGGUGGUUCAACCACAAAAUACAAGUAUUGCAUACUAAAUCGAUAGGCGGUAUUUAACGAUACUAACGGUUGAACUACGAUUAAAUCACGAUUUUGCCAUAAAAUACCCUACCACUA